UUACGGUUUCGUUGCAUUUAAAAGAGCAAUUAAGAGAUAGAAAUAGGCAGCCGAAAGCUUAUUGUAUUAAAAAAUUUUAUUAAUCCACAUCUAGAUUAAUUACGAAGACUAAAAACUUCUUUGUUUUUAUUUUAGACUGUCAAGCAUAUUAUUUUAUGUUUCUUAUAAUAAUUUAAAAAGUCUGUCAAUGAAUAGUUCAGCUUCUAUGAACUAUCUGUUCCUUUACGUGUGAUUUCAGUUUGCGACAAUAACUGCUUUCGCUCACCUUAUAAUUUAGUUUUAUUUAUGAACUCGGACCAAUACUACUUCUAACGAUCUUGAAUAACCUUUGUUUUUACUGUGAGCAUUUUGCUGUAAUGCUUGAAUCAUCCUACAUGUAGCUAUAUAUCGACUUCUUUUGUCUCAGAUCCAUUAAAGUUUUGAAUUUAGAUUAAUAAGUGCCUGACAAUGCUAUGUAACCUUAAUAUAGUUCCUAUCUCAUUCUUUACUGAUAUAUAAAUAUUAGUUACUCAACACAAGAAAAAUGCUAGAUAAGCAGGAUGCAGUUGAAGAUAAACAAGUUGAUGUAUCUUCAGAAAUUAAUGAUGACAAAUUAGAAUUUACUUACUCUGUUAUUGAUGAACAAGAUCUUUCUUAUAAUGAAGAAAUUUCUGAAGAUAACGAACAGAUGUCUUUUGGUGAUGUCCUUGUCAAGUUUGAUUUCAUUAUGGAAAAUGAAAAUAUCAAUACCCCUUCCAAAUCUUCAAAGGUAAUACGACUACCUAGUACAGAUGAAAAAGUGAGAAACAAUGAUACUGUGCGAGUUCAAUCUAAUAAAGUACCGUUUGCAUGUUCAAUGUGCAGUAAAUGUUUUAAAUCAAAAUCGGCACUUGAAAAACAUGUAAAAUUACAUAUAGGAGAAAAAAAAUCAAAAGCAUUUGAUGAUGUGCUUAAAAAAUUAGAUAUGUUAGUUGAUAGUGAAGAAAUAAGUCCUGCACUCAAUGUACAAAAUACAAUUACAAUGCCUAAUACAGAAUUGGAAGAACAACGGAAAAGUUUAGAAAAGAAGAUAAUUAAUGCACCUGUUAAAGUCAAUAGUAGCAAAAUACCAUUUGCUUGUUCAAUGUGCAGUAAGUGUUAUAGUACAAAAACUGAAUUUGAACAACAUGUACAAUCGCAUACAGGACAGAAACCUCAUAUAUGUGAAUUAUGCGGAAAGUUAUUCAGCAAUCGAGGCAAUUUACGUCAACAUAUCAUCCGUCAUACAGGUGAAAAGCCACAUGUUUGUAAAGUCUGUAAUAAAGCUUUUAGUCAAAAUAAUGAAUUAAAAAGACAUUCUUAUUUGCAUUCUAAAUUCAGACCCCAUGCUUGUAAUAUGUGUGAAAAAAACUUUUAUCGUAAAAGCGAUCUGCGUCGACAUGUCAUGAUGCAUGCUGGGGAGAAACCUCAUAUGUGUGAAGUCUGUCAUAAAGGGUUUCUUCGUAAGUUUGAUCUUACAGAGCACCUAUUUACUCAUACGGGGGAGAAGCCUUACGUUUGUGAAAUUUGUGGGAGAAAAUUCAGUAGAAGAUGGUGUCUUAAGCAACACUGCUUGGUUCAUACACAAGAGAAACCCUAUUUGUGUGAAAUGUGUCCUAAGAGGUUUGGUAAAAAAGCUUGUCUUGCUCAACACAUGAAAGUUCAUACACAAGAAAAACCUUUUGUGUGUGAGGUUUGUAACAAAGGUUUUUCUAGAAAAGCUACUCUUUCUGAUCAUGUUUUAAUUCAUACAGGAGAACAACCUUAUGUGUGUGAAGUGUGCACUAAAGGUUUCAGUCGAAUAGUUGACCUUGAAAGACAUUCCCUUAUACAUACUGGUCUCAGACCUUAUUCAUGUGACUUGUGUAAGAAAACUUUUACACAAAAAGGGGACCUUACUCGCCAUCUUAAAGUUGAAAGUACAAAGGCUUAUAAUUGCAAAUUGUGCAUAAAAAGUUUUUCUCGUAGGUGUGAGUUUGAGUGUCAUCUUUCUGAUCAUAAAGAAAAGAAACCUCAUGUUUGUGAAGUUUGCAACAACAGUUUUGCAAGCAAAUACAUACUUAAAAGACAUAAAUGCAACGAAAGCUAUCCACCUGAAGAUGUAAAAGGAUUGUGUUAAAUGUGUUAGGAAAAAAUAGUUAUAUUUAAAUAUAAAUACAGAAGAAUUUUAUUUUAAUAAUUAACUCCUGAAAUGUAAAAUAUUCUUAAUGGAGUUUAUUUUAUAUGAAAAUAGAUCGAUUUAAAGUCCCCUUUUUAUAGGAGGUGCAUUUAACUCAAAAUUUUAUUUUUAACCCUUAUAAUUGAAACAGCUGCAUCUAGAUAAUGUUAUUGGCUUUUCUAGACUUAGUAAAUUGUCAUAUUUUCUAUAUUUUGCUGUUCUCUCAUGGUAUCUAAUAUUUUUUCAAAAUCUGUUAUAUUAAAUAUCAAAUUAACCAGGCUUUUAAAUGAGCUUUCGUUAGUCAUAAUUUGUUUAUAAGAAUUUAAGUUGGACACCUAGAACAUUAAACACAAUCAUCAUUUUUUAUGCAUAACUUUUAAUAUAACUGUUAUUGCGAGUUAACUUUUGGUCUUCUAUAGUUAAGUCACAUUGCAAUUCAUAUUCACAUAUUUUAAAAAUCAUACAUUGUGAUUUGUCUUUUGUUAAUUUAAAAAUAACACUUUGAGAAUUAUAUUCAUGCCAUUUAAAAAUCUCACAUCUCGUUUAGUUUUCACUUUAUUUAAAAAAAAUCAUAAACCUCAAUCUAUAUUCACACGAUUUAAAAUUCACACAUCACGAUUUGUAUUCACAAUAUUUCAAAGAAGAUUGUGCUCCGGAAGAAAUCUGGAUUUUUCGAUAACCGCGAUCUCGACAUCUAAGGUCCAGAAGUUUCAAGAAAUCAUCGAUCACAUUUAUGCAUUAAAAUUCUUGUAUAUUUUAUUUAAAAAUAUUAGAACUAGAAUUUAUACUUGGUAUCUCUUUCAUUUGUAAAUA